UAUUUUUCUCUUGCGGUGACCGCCACACAGCCGUUGGAUUUUCAUUUGAUUUACAUUUUCAUCAUUUUCAAUUCUAUCGUGGGAAAAAGCAGUUGAAAAUUGUGUGUAUAUAUUGGCUUGUGGAAUCCGCGGUCGUGCGAGGUUUUUCCGUGUAUGCUGCCGUCAUUGCUUUGCCUUUUAGCAUUUCUUGUCAUUGCAUCGAUAUUUUCAUGCAGUGUUUCUUCAUUAAAAUUUUCACUCGACUUCCAAACUAAAUUGAAUUAAGAAAUAAUAUUAACGAAAACGAAAUUCUUGCAUUGAAGAAAUGCUAGUGAAAUGAAAUAAAAAUUUGGAUGUGAAAGAUUUCAUGGAAGAAAUUUGCGAGAAUAAAAAUCUGUAGUGUAUUCGGCGUGUCUUUCGAGCGUAGAAAAAUAUAGAGAUUUCAAAAAAGUGAAAAGCGUAUACAGAAUUGCAAUAAAUUUAAAAUUGUGGAAAAGUGAAAAUUUACAAUUUUUAAAUACAUUAUUGAGAUUGUGUUGGCGGGGGAAAAGGUGCGCAAUUGAAGAAAUCUUGCGAUAGACAUUCAGAGCAUUUGCCAAAGCAGGCGCAUUAAGCAGAGCAAGGAAAAAGUAGCAGCAGCAAUAAUAAUAAAAAUUAGUGGCAAAUUAUAAACGACGACGACUGUGAUACUCGUAGAUGAUGGCGUUGGCGCUGGUGGCGAUGUCGCUUUGAAAACGCCACUAUACAGACAAAAUAUACUAAUAAUUAAAAUUAAAUAAUAAAAAGGGGUGUGAUCGCGCAGCUGCUUGGCUAUACGUUUGUCAACCAGCAAAGCACAAGCCUAAGUGGGCGCUCGUCAGGAAGAGGCAAAUUUCUUGGGGCGCAGUGACUUGUCUCACUAAUUGACUGCAUCAAAUGCAAAGGAUCUACUCGCUGAAAAUCUCCAAUUCCUUAAAGCGCAACGAAUAAGUCAUCCUUCGAGGUGUGUGCGUGUAUUUAUAACGACACAUUGUUUUUGCAAUUACUUUAGCAUCACCUCUGUGGCUGACGUCUCUCUGUAUUUGCUGUAGUCCACAUGCAUUUUCCACAUUGUUUCCACAUGCCAUGAUGCGUUACUCGGAAAUCUCCAGAGAAUUAUCGUCGGAUAGUUUACGUUACGUUGAGUUGGGUGACGAGUAUCUUUACAGGAAUUUGCGCGAGGAUUCACCACGUAGUGAUACUCAAUCGAACGGUAGCAACGGAUAUAUGGCGCCACCAACAUUCAUUUCCAAUAACCAACACCAUCAUCGCACGCAACAAGAACAAUCUACUUCGCAGCAGCAACAACGUGACAACUACACUAAUUCGAUGAGCAAUUGCGGCCAACAACACACAGCCGGUUUACGCAAUUCGAAACGGUAUUCGUGUGGGCGUGAUAGCAGUCAUGAUGGCGCUGCCACCAUCUCCUAUAUGCGACCACGCAAGGAUAGCACACGUUCGACACAGAGUUGUCAAUUCGAUGCGGAACAGUUGACGCAGGCAAUCGCUAGCAAGACAAUGCAUGUGAAAAGUAGUCGUCGCAAAAAUUCCAUUGGCUGCCUGAAUUCGUUAUCCUCAUCGCCGGGUUCACCCGGUUGCUAUUACUGUGUUGGCACCGCUCCACCGCCCGGAAAGAGCCAGAGUUUGCCUGCACGUUCCUCUAUGAAUAAUUUAGAUGCUGUCAUUUUGAAUGCUCUACGUGUGCCCGCUGAUGAACUGGCCAAUCAAAUCACUCUGUUAGAUUUUCCUAUCUUCGCUGCCAUACAACCGGAUGAGUUAACCAGUUGCGCUUGGACGAAGAAGGAUAAACAUGUUGUUACACCGAAUAUUGUUGCAUUUACGAAACGUUUCAAUCACACCAGCUUUUGGACUGUACAGGAGAUAUUGAGUGGCGAACAGCCAAAGCAGCGUGCGGAAAUACUGACACAUUUCAUUAAGGUGUCCAAGAAGCUGCACGAACUGAACAAUCUGCAUUCGCUGUUCGCCAUCAUAUCCGCCAUGCAAAGUGCUAGCAUUUUCCGUUUGAAAAAGACUUGGGCUUGCCUCUCCAAAAAGGAUAGACAAGCAUUUGAGCGACUAAGCGAUAUAUUUAGCGAUCAAAAUAAUUGGGAGAAUUUACGUGCCUAUUUGGAGAGCUUACGCCUACCAUGCAUACCCUAUUUGGGUUUAUUUUUAACUGAUCUUAUUUACAUUGAUUUGGCGCAUCCGCACAAGGGUGGUCUGGAGCCAGAACAGCGGCGCAAUAAAAUGAAUAAUAUAUUGCGCGUCAUUGCCAAUUAUCAACAAUCGGACUAUACGCAUAUACAGCCAAUUGAGGCAACACAAAAGUACUUGACUUCCAUACGAUACAUUGAAGAGUUGCAGAAUAUCUUCGAAGAGGAUCAAUACAAAAAGUCCUUAAAAUUAGAGCCUGCAUCACCGUCCGGUCCUAGUUCCUCCUCUUGCAGUUCAAAGGAGUCCUUCAAUGUUGAUGCAGUUACACCAGCGCUUGCUUGCCUGAAUCUCUCACCUGCCAAAACGAUCGGUUCUAUGCGUAUAACUAAUAGCAGUGGCAAUAAAUUCAUACCCGGCCAUCGUAAAUGUCGCAGUCUGGGCACAAAAUUUCGCAGCACCAGCUUGCCACGAAAUUUCUAUCACAAAUGUCAAUGUUCCAUUUUGAUGAUCGCACCCGGCAUUGGCACAAUUUCCAAUAAGCGUUGUAGAUGCAGUCGCAUUUUCGCGAAAAUAACACAUUCUCACAACGAGAGCGCCAACUAUGGCAAUCCUUCUAUGGUGUUGGGUUACGGCGACGAAUACCACCUAAACGACCACAGUGUGCUUAGUCAACAACAAGCGCGCCAUCUGCUCGACGAUUCAGUACUGGAGCAUAGCAGUAAUAUGCUUAGUAGUGGUGAUGCCACCUCAAAUGAUAGUGCCGAAGGCGUACUCUGCCAUAAUAGUGAUUUGGAGCUGAUAUAUGCGCCCUCACACGACCUCGAACAUUGCGUGCAGGGUUGUGUGCGUCGCAAGACCGUACAGAAGGAGGGUCGCAAACCGGCGGUGGCUUCAUGGCAACGCUACUGGCUACAGAUUUGGGCCAAUUCACUCGUUUACUUUCCGCCCAAAUCAUUUAAGGGUAGUGAACGUAGCGACUUUAAGCGUGAGCCAUGCAAAGUGUGUCCGCUCGAGGGUUGGUUUGCGCAAGUCGUCGAUAAUACGAAACAUAAAAACUCAUUUGAGUUAUAUCAUCGUUCACUUGGCACGAUCUACAAAUUUCGCACGGAUAGCGCACAGGCAACACAACUUUGGACAGCAUCCAUUUGUAAAGUGGCGAUGCAGCGUAGCGCACCCAAACCAUUGCCCAUCAACUUGAUGUCUUUUGAGUGAUGUGGUGAUGAUGACGAUGGGAUAAGUGUGUAAUGGUAAUGGGGGAGUAAAUUGUGUCAAACUCAAAUCGCAAGCCGUGAAAGAGGAGAAGGAUACAUGUAGGUGUGGCUCGAUUAAUUGAGCUCAAAUGAAUAUAGUUUUAGAAGCAUCUGUGUUCAAAAUGAAAUUUCUUCUUUAAGCUACGCUUGUUGUGGUUCCGGUUUACUUAGCUUACUUUUUGCCACGAUUAAUGUUUGUUGCUUUCAUUUAACUUGUCUAUUAAUUACUCAAGGACAUUCAUAUAAGCAAAUGUAAUUUGACGAAGGUAUCGGCGACACUAUUAUGGGGGCAUCUACUAUACACACAUACGUACGUACGUGUUUAAUGAACGAACGAAUUCUUUAAAGACUGAUAUAUGUCUGGGCAGACGGACUCGACGAAUUCAAUGGAAAGCUAAAGGAGACUUAAUGAAAACUGGGAAUUAAAAUCAAGGGAGACUCAUAGGAAACUCGAAAUGAAAUCAACGCAGAAUAGUUGGAAAUUCUUAACAAACUAAAACGAAAGCAACUUUCUUAUAAUUUUUUUGUUUUAGAUGCUAACGCAAUGAAUUUGUAAAAAAUGAUAGUUCGUAAUAAUAAUUUUUCUAAGCAAUUUUUGUAAGGCAUUUUAACUGUUACACCUAUCACAUAUACGAUAUUUAAUCAGUGCAUAUGCAGGAUUUGAAGAAUGAUUAAAAUAUUCUGAAUUGCUUAUUGUCUGAAAGGCUUGUGAGAGAUUUCAAAUACAUAAUCAUUCACUCGAAUGAAAUAAUGAUUUUCGAACAUUUUUGCAGCUGAAUAACAGCAGAAUGAAAAACAAUAAUUACUUGAUCAUCAUUUUUAUUAGCACAUCAGGAUUAUCCACGUUGCGAAUUAAAAACAUUCAAUAAAACUUUGGGUCGUAGAAACGUUGGGAAAACGUCAAAGUAUGACGAUGAUGCAGUGGUCUAAUUCGCUGGGAAGCACUCUAAAUAGAGCAAAAAAAUUAUUAAACGAAGAAAAAUGCAAUUUUGAGCAUACAAAUAAUGCGAAAACAUUUUGGAAACAUUAUUUUACGAAUUCUGCGCAUACGCAAACGUGUGUCGGGUCGGCAUUAAGAAAAUAUAAUAAAUAAAUAAAUGAAAAAUUAUGCAAUAUAAAAGGGUAUAGAUUUUAUAGCAGCCUGAAAGCAAUUCUACAGCAUUCUUUCUAUCCAAGCUUAAGUGCGCGCGCGUAUAUUAGGGGUCUUUAGCGGUGCAUGCGAAAAUAUAUAAAUUUAUCAAUUGAAAGUAAAUAAAUAUUUGUAUGUCUUGUAGCGUUUAUACUGUAAAUUAAAUUUUGUAACUUUUUAUCACAAUAGCAAAUUUUUCUAUUAACAUACAGUAAACAUAUGUACAUACUUACAUACUUACGAUAUACAAGUCUAAGCAUUUAAAAAAAAACGAAAAUUAUAUAUUGUUUACUGGCUUUGAGCUUUUUCACUUUAUAUGAGCGUUUUAAUAGAAUUUAUAUGAUUUUAUUAACUUAACACUUUGAACGCCAAACUUAUUUUCGCUUUUGACUUUUGUCGCUUAAACGCCAAUAUUACUAAAUUCGUCCAUUGAAGUGCAUAAAACUUUUAUGUUAUUAAUAUCUUAUUUCUUUUCUCUAUCAGUUAAUUUGUGUGUGUGUUUUUUUUUUUUUUGUUUCAAGCCAAAUGUAUUUUUGGUGAUAGCCUUAUCAUUCUCGUAUUUCUGUUUCAAUCUGAUAUUUGCAACAAAAUAGAUACUUCAUAUAGUAGUGUAUACUAGGGAACAGUUCUGUGCUUGCCGGCUUGAUUGAACGUAGCUGAUGCACUUAGGGGAAAAGAGAUUGCUCCUCCUCAUUUUUCUUCGAUUUACAGAGGCAAGUGACUCGCAGUCCCUACCAAAUCCCAUCCGGCGUGCUAUUUUCAUCUCGUUUUCUGUCAUAGGUGCCUGUACUACACUUAAAUUUUGAUACAUUUUUUCGAAAUCGAUAAUUUCUUUUAGUUUCAAAAAUUUUGCUUCUGAGUGAUCGGAAUAAAGAGAAGCAAUUUAUCAUCUCUCAAUUGAAAAAAUUAGCGGAAUCAUAAAAUAGAAGCGAAACAGUAUCGUUGUGUUUUUCAAGCCGCAUCUGAAUGCAGACCAGUUUUGAUAAAAAAUGUUGCCGUUCAAAAAUUCUCUAUCCUCCUGAAAGAAAUCUCACUUGAAAAAAAACGCCAUGUCAGGUGUUGCGUAGUUUGGUAGUUACUGCAAUAAAUCGGUGUCAGUUGGCGAUAUUAAUGCUCAAAGACGCACAUUCAUAGCGUGCAGAUAGAGAUAUGUAUACCCGGCUUAAAUUAAUGCCAACCAACGCAUAUUACUGGCGAAACAAUCAGCACUCAAAGUGUUAAGUAUAUCCCACUUCUAGAAAAUUAUUGUUUUUGGCUGAAAAUUUUGUAGAAAUCAAAACAUCUUUUAUGAUAUUAAAGUUUGUAUGGCAUGCUAUUCAAUAAAAUAAUAUUUUUUUUAAUUUUUAAGAAUUUAUGCGCUGAUUUGUUAUUUAUGUUACUUACUCACUGUACUGACAUUUGCAAAUUAAUUUCUUAAAAUCCAGCAUAGUCUCUCCUUCGAUCAGUUAAAAUGCCCAGUAAAUAUUAUUUUUGUAACUAAGCGUUUUUUUGUAAGCUCUAAAAUUAGCAUUAAAUUUAAUUUCCAUUUUUUUUAUUAAUAUAAUAUAGUUAAAGCAACGACUUAAUAUUUAUCAUACUUUGCCUUAGCGCUUUGCGAAUACUCUAUUACUCUUCUGUAAGCGUUUAUUGUACCAUGUACUACGUACAUACACACAUACAUACAUGCUACGUACAUAUGUAGUUGUUAUAGACACAAUAGUUUUAUACACAAAUAAUUGUUAGAGUUAUGAAUAAUUAUAAAUUAUAUGUAUGUAAUAAUGUAAUAGUGAAAACACUGUACUGUUAGCUUUAAAUUUGUGCAAAAAAGCCUAAACAAUUUGUUCCAAUGCAGUGCAUAUUUUAUGUAUGUAUAAAUGUAAAUCGCAAAGUUCCAUAAAAACAGCCAACCAACAACAGACAUUCAUAUACAUACAUACAUAUAUUAACAGAAAAUAAUUAUAUUCAGAAAAUAAAGAAAGCUUACGUCAGCGAUAAUCGGAGCCAUUGUUUUUCGCUAUGCCACUAAAAAUAAAUUAUACACGAAAUGUUAUCAGUAAUCGAAAUCAAAAUUAAUGCGCCCUAUUAUCCAUGUACACAUGCGAAUGUGCAUGCAUAUUUGUAUAUUGAAACAUACACAUACAUAGAUUUAACGAAUUGUUUUAUUAAAUUUAUAAUAUUAUACUACAUACAUACAUUCAUACAUGCGUACAUACCACGAACUUAUGCGCGAUUAUUACGAAUACAUAUACAAAUAUACAUACACAUAUAAAGGAAAAAUUACUGAUAUUUAUGAAUGUAACUGCAUGUCAUUAGCAUUGUUUGCUUUUUGUUAUAGGCGUUUUUGUUGUAAGAGCAUCGCGCUACAAUAAAUAAGUAUGUUGUCAAUUUUGAUAUUUAUAUGCGUUGCAAAGUAAAAUAUUUUUUUUAUGAUAUAUACAUUCUUACUUAGUAAACACAUAUGAUGCAUGUACUCACGAACAAAUGUUAAGCGUAAAAAGAACAAAAUCACAAAGAAAAAAACUUAAAAAAGCUAUUAAACGAGAAAAUAAAAUAAAUAAAACGAUUUACAAGCAAUGAAA